AUGACGGAUAGUGAAGAAGACAUGCUUACAAUUCCCUCUACGAUUGGGACAGUAGCUGUGGGGGUAGGAGACAAAACUAGUUUAAGUUUUCGGAGUAAUAUAUUAACUUCUACUAUGUUACCCCCUCAAACAAAUGGAAAGAGGUUUGGCUAUCCACAAAGUGAUUUACGGAGUAUGUACGAAAGGAGAUCUCCUAUGUCCAUGAGAAGUGAUUUUGGCCCUCGAAGCUUUUAUCCCAGAUCACAAAGGUCUGUUUAUAAUGAACGGAGUAGAUCUCCCGUCUCUUGUCGUAGCGUGAACUCAACGAUGAGUAUGAGUGCUAUGGAUAUAGCGAAUGCGCUGCAGUAUGAAAAGUUCAAUGAUCGUGAUUUACAAAAAAUUAGGGAAUCACUUAAUAGAAGAAUAAGAAUGAACAGUAGGAAGAGAGUUGAAAGAAGACGAAACAAAAAUUUAUUUGUUAGAGGUAUAAAAAGACUAGGUGGCUAUGAUUCAGGGGAACUUGGUAGUAACUCUUCAAUAAGCAGUGAUGAUCAGCAAAGUACUAAAAGUGCUUAUAUAAGAUGUGUAAGACAGCCAGACAUUGAUGAUUUAGAUAAUAUUCCUAUGCCUACAAUGACACAGCGAGAUGACUUACAAUCUGUAAAGAAGAAUGUUUUUGCUAUACCUCGAGCACCAGUUAAUAAGAGAAAAGAAGACAUUUCAAAGAAUAGGGUAAUUGAAAAUUCAAUAUCGAAUAAAAACCAGACAAUUAAUAACAAUAUAAAUGAAAUAUCAAUGGAUAAUGAGUUUAUUUUUAAAAACCCUUCAGAAGAGCUCAAUGGCAGUGCCACUUUAAAAGAGAGAUUUAAUGGAGGAUUUGCGCUACCUUCACAAAGAUUUAAACAAUCAGCAAAAUUUAAUAAUCCACCUCAAAUUAUAGAUGGUAAAAAAAGCUGUACAAAUAAAGAUUGCACUGAUGAUGAAGAAAUAUUCACAAUAAGAAAUAAUGGAAAGAUUUCACCACAAAAUAGCACAGUAAAUGAAAGAUUUAACAGUAGACAAAAGUCUCCGGUAAAUAAAAUUUCCCAUACUCAGAAUUCAUUUAAAAAACCCAUUGUACCGAAGUCAAAAGGUAAACUCAAUGUUCACUCAGAAGUGUUAAUUUCGAAAUUAUCACAACCCUUGGUUCCAAAUAAUAAUGAAGCUAUGGAAAAGGAGGCAGAUAGCAACCCGACAGAAACUACACUAGCAAAUGAUGUUUCACUGAAACCCAGCUUUAUAAAGCGUAAGUUGUUCACUCAGAAGCUAGAUUUAAUUGGGCCUAAAAGUUCUGGUAGCGACUCAGCUGCGCCGAGUCCUCAGGCAAAAAUUUUACCAAGUAAAGAAAAAAAUAAGGCAAGGAAACUGGUAGCAUCGCAAUCAUGUCUAAACCGAGAUGUUCCAGAUGAUAAUAAUGUGUUAGAUUUAAUCCAUAUGAUAGUACCUGCUGACCAAAUCAAUUCAACGUCUGCUAGAACGAGUAAAAGCAAUGCACUAGAUAGCCAACUGGAUGAUGCCAUGUCAAAAGGUGAAAGUGAAACGUUUACGGACGAGGAAACAAUUAUUUACAGUAAAACAUUAAAAGGUCAAGGCAAGUCCAAUGUCCCGAAGAUAAAUGAUUGCAGUGUUGUAUUAGAAACUGUCAAUACCCUGGCUGCAAAGAAAGUUCCGAUAUCCCAAUGUGUGAAAUCCUUUUGGGAUACAGAUUUGGAAAGUGACAUGGAGGUAGAAAACAUACCAACAUGGAAAAUAUUUAAACCAACCGGAAAUCAUCAGCCAAAUAUAAAAAGAGACCCACAAAAAGAAGAAACAAGAGUUGACAAAAGAAAUACAAAGACCACAAUUUUAACUAUAAACAGUUUAAAACACAGUUCCAAUAAGAAAAAUACUCAAAACAAGUCCAAGAAAGAUGCUCUUAACACUUGGACUGAAAUUGAAUCACACACAUUGACAAAUUUGCAAACAUCCGAGGAAAAGAAAGCCAUAGAUAAAUCAAACAAAACUGAAGAAAAAAAAGAUACAAGGAGAAGUAAAGAAAAUGUGAAUCCAAAUAAAUUGAAGCAGAACACCACAAAGAGCAAAGAUACAAAACAAGUUAAAAAUGUAAAGAAGAGUACCAUUAAACCAAAACCCACUAACAAUAGUGAUGAUGUACAGGAGAAAUCAGGAAACUCUAAACAGAAUGCCCAAAAAAGGACUAGAAACAAAAGUCUUAACAGACAUCUUAAUUGUUCUACUUGUGAUGACAUGACUCAAAAUAAUAAAAAUAAAACAUUAAAGGAUGGCAACUGUGAAAUAUCCUUACCAAGAACAAGAUUGCGAACAAAUCUUGACGUAUCACUGAACUCCACAGAUAGUAAUAUAAAUAUAUCUACUAGAAGUUUAAGGUCAAGUACAAAACAUAUAAAAGAAAGCGAAGAGAACAAAACGGGCUCCAAGACUAUUAGUGACUUUGGAAAGAAGGGUGCUGAAUUAAAAUCGAUUUUUGAUGAUUCCGAUGACAGUUUUAACAUUUCAAACAAAAGUUUGAGGCCAAGAAAAGUGGACAAUGUAUCUCAAAAUGGAAGUAAGUUGAAAAAGAAGUGA